AUGGAGCGCGCGGCGGGAACGGCUGCCGAGGAGCGGACGGUGGCCGGGAGGAGUAAGAACUUACCUUGGGUAGAAAAAUACCGACCUCAGACACUAAGUGAUCUGAUUUCUCAUCAAGAUAUCCUGAGUACAAUUCAGAAAUUCAUCAGUGAAGAUCGCUUACCUCACCUCCUCCUCUAUGGGCCUCCUGGAACUGGCAAGACUUCUACCAUUUUGGCUUGUGCUAAGCAGCUGUACAAAGACAAAGAAUUUGGUUCCAUGGUUCUAGAGCUGAAUGCGUCUGACGACCGAGGCAUUGACAUUGUCAGAGGGCCUGUCCUGAACUUUGCCAGCACGAGGACCAUCUUUAAGAAGGGCUUCAAGCUGGUGAUUCUGGAUGAAGCCGAUGCCAUGACACAGGAUGCCCAGAAUGCCCUCCGGCGUGUGAUAGAGAAAUUCACAGAGAACACCCGGUUUUGCCUGAUCUGCAACUAUCUUUCCAAGAUCAUCCCAGCCUUGCAGUCCCGCUGCACCAGAUUCCGCUUUGGCCCCCUGACCCCUGAGCUGAUGGUUCCCCGCCUGCAGCAUGUCAUUGAGGAGGAGAAGGUGGACGUGAGUGACGAUGGAAUGAAAGCACUGGUGGCGCUUUCUAACGGUGACAUGCGCAGGUCUCUGAACAUCUUGCAGAGCACGUACAUGGCUUUCGGAAAGGUUACCGAAGAGACAGUCUACACCUGCACCGGGCAGCCCCUCAAGUCUGACGUCGCCAACAUCCUCGACUGGAUGCUGAAUCAAGACUUCACCACCGCCUACCGCAAUAUCAUGGAACUGAAAACACUGAAGGGUUUAGCUCUGCACGACAUCCUGACAGAAAUCCACUUGUUCGUCCAUCGAGUGGACUUUCCCGCAUCGAUUCGCACCCACUUGCUGAUCAAGAUGGCCGAGGUCGAGCACCGUCUUGCUGCAGGCACAAGCGAGAAGAUCCAGCUGGGGGCUCUGGUCGCAGCCUUCCAGGUCACCCGAGAUCUGAUUGCCGCUGAGGCUUAGCCACGCGCGUGGCAGGAUGACUGGCAGCGACUCAGACGGGCUGAGCUUGGGCCUGGCUGUGCCUCGGUUGUGCUUGAAGGCUCCCCCAGACACAGCUCUCUGAGGCUCAAGCGAGACUCGGGGUUACCAAGCAGACAUUUCGCUCCUUGCCCAGUGCCAAGGUCUGUCCUGCCUCCCCACCACUCACCCGUCCCAGGUGGACUUGACCUUCCAGGACUACAAGAAGCCCUUCUCUGUGCCUCUGCUGCUGGUGGGAAAAGGCUGUUCCAAAACGGAAUCGGAUUCUUAGCAGCAACGUGGUGGAUUUUUUUCAGACUCUCUCUGUAGCACCUGAUCAAAAGGUUCCAGAGUGCUGUGUUGAACCCAGAGCAGUCCUUCUGCACCCCUCGGCUUUGAGAUCUUAGCCAGAAGGGGGAGCACCAACAUCUGGCAGCAUUUGCAGUCCAGCACAGCUGGAGUGUGCAAGGCUGAGGAUGGCCCGGAGCCAGCAUUCCGUGCCCUGGUGCUGCCCAGGUGUGAUGGGCUAUAUCACUCGCUUCUUCCCAAAAACACAGCCGUGGGAGCCGUAGUCCAACCCAGCGGCAGGACAUCAGAACGGGAAGCUCUCACAGCUGCUUUGCAUUCCUUUCAGAAUAGUAACAGCAUGUAUAUGUAGUAAUAAAACUCGCUGUUUUAGCACCA